CAGUCAAAGUGGAUUCGUCAGUCAGGAAUAGUUAUUCUUUUGCCGCAUGGCUAUGAAGGCAUGGGACCAGAACAUUCAUCGGCUCGUCCGGAGAGAUAUCUCCAGUUGUGCAAUGAAGAUGAUCAGAUUGACUUGGAGAAAGUAGCAUUCGGAGGUACUUUCGAAGCGCAACAACUUCAUGACACUAACUGGAUCGUUGCCAAUUGCACUACACCAGCUAACAUCUUCCACUUGUUUAGAAGACAGGUUACCAUGCCAUUCCGUAAACCCGCUGUAGUGAUGACACCAAAAUCUCUGCUACGUCACCCGAUGGCUCGUUCACCGGUAGAGGACUUCGCGACGGGAACACACUUCCAGCGUGUCAUUCCUGAAGUUGGUCCACCAUCACAAAAUGCUUCGAAUGUGCAACGACUUGUGUUCUGUACUGGUUAG